AAGUCAGCACAUGAGGAAGACAGAGCAGCAGCACCGACAUGGAUCACACAGCACUGAUGGUCUUACUGUCUGUCUGGAGCUCAGGGCUCUUGGCUGAAGAUUCACGUGGUUCAACAGUGACGCCUGACGAUGUCAGGUUGGCAGGAGGAUCCAACCACUGCUCAGGUAGACUGGAGAUGAGACACCAGGGGGACUGGACUCCAGUGGAUGGCCAGAACUAUUACCUGACAUCAGCAGCUGCAGUGUGCAGGCAGCUGCACUGUGGCUCUGUGGUUUCCGUACGAAGAACAUGGCGUCCUUUUGAUUAUUCUGCUCCCUUUUUUUUAAACCUGCCCACUUUCCAGCUUCGUGAAUCGGAACCAGAAAGGUCCUUCAACCUGGAUAUCACAUGUUCAGAGUCUGUCCGGCUGGUGAAUGGGGCCAAUCAAUGUUCAGGCAGACUGGAGGUGAAGUCCAACCAGUCGUGGUCCUUGGUGUGUGAGGAUGACUUUGACCUGCAGGAUGCAGAGGUGGUCUGCAGGGAGGUUGGCUGUGGGGCUCCUUCAGUCCUCCAGGGGGCGCUGUAUGGAGAAGUGGAGGCUCCAAUGUGGACCAGAGAGUUCCAGUGUGCAGGCAACGAGUCUCUUCUCCUGGACUGUGACAGCUCAGGACCUGCUAGAAAAUCCUGCUCAUCUGGCAAAGCAGUUGGACUCACCUGCUCAGACCCUGACGAUGUCAGACUAGUGGGAGGGGAUGGCCACUGCACUGGUAAACUGGAGCUGAAACACCACGGAGCCUGGAAAGCAGUGGCUAACCUCGACUACCUCUGGGACCCGGAGGUGGCAACGUUAAUAUGUGCACGGCUGGACUGUGGCUCCUCGGUGUCAGCAGGAAGGAUACGAGAAUCUACUAAACAAUCUGUGUGGUGGAUCGACUCGUCCUGUGUUCAGUCUAAACGUAUACUGAGGGACUGUGUGACCAUAAUGAAUAGGUUGAGUGCUUCUGUCCUGGAAAUCACCUGCUCAGAGUCUGUCCGGCUGGUGAAUGGCGUCAGUCGAUGUUCAGGCAGACUGGAGGUGAAGUCCAACCAGUCGUGGUCCUCGGUGUGUGAGGAUGACUUUGACCUGCAGGAUGCAGAGGUGGUCUGCAGGGAGCUUGGCUGUGGGUCUCCUUCAGUCCUCCAGGGGGCGCUGUAUGGCAAAGUGGAGGCUCCAAUGUGGACCAGAGAGUUCCAGUGUGACGGCAACGAGUCUCUUCUCCUGGACUGUGACAGCUCAGGGCCUGCUAGAAAAACCUGCUCCUCUGGCAAAGCAGUUGGACUCACCUGCUCAGAUCCACAUGAUGUCAGGUUGGUGGGAGAGCCAAGCCGCUGCGCCGGUACACUGGUGAUGAAAAACAAGGGCGAGUGGAGACCAGUGGCAUGACUGGGAUUCUGACUGGAACCUAACGUCUGCAGAUACACUGUGUGGACUGUUGGACUGUGGCUCUGCUGUUUGCAACAAAACCAACAGACACUGACUUAGAGAGACCUGUGUGGUGGAUCAGGACUUCCUGUGUCCAGUCGGCACUUGCACUCUGGGACUGUGUGAUGCUGACUGGUGUUGUUGAAACCUUUUUUGGCCUUGAGGUGAUCUGCUCAGAUUUUCUGGCUCAGCCCAACAUCUCCCUCUCUCCCUUCCACCGAUGGCAUCCCCAGGGCUGAGCCAUGGGGGUUUCAGGUGCUCAUGGGCUCCAUCUUCAGCAUCACAUGCUCUGUUGAACCACAGUACCCAGGAGGUUCCUUCCAGCUUAUCUUCACCACCAAUGACACGGCUCAGAACUACACCCUGCCAGCUGUCAAUCACUCCGCCCACUUCCUGUUCUCUGAUGCAGACCACACCCAUCGAGGGAACUACACAUGUGUUUAUCACAUCUACGUUUUCUCCAAUAACUUCUCCUCUGAGAGCCAGCCACUCAGUCUUACUGUCUCAGCCUCUCUAACAGAUCUGAUCAUCAGACUUGUUGUCCAUCUGCUGGGUAUGAUGCUGCUUAUCACAACCCUCUGCUUCGCCUCUAAGG